AUGUCCAAACGGAACGAGAUUAAAGAGAAAGAGCAGUUGCGGUUGCAAAUACAAGCGCAGUUUAACAAGAUUGAUGAAACUGUGUUAUCUUGGCUGAAACCGACUCCUCAACUGAGCACUGCAAACACAAGCACAGAUAAUGAAUUUGCCAAUCAGAUAGUAAUACCCAAUGGGAAGGGUAUCAAUUUUGACGAUUCCAUCAAAGAUGAGAAAAAAGUGACCAUAUCUGAUUUCUUACAAGAUGAAAAUCUAGAUAAGAGAAAAAAAGAAGGACUAGACAAGGUUAAGAAGGUUGGAGAUUUAAAGAAAAGUGGUGUUGGAAAUUCAAGUAAUUCCCUCCGAGCGUUAACAAAUAAGCUAAGAAAGGAUAGGCGUGGUGAUUUUGAAAGGAAGAAGGCUUUGAAGAGUUCCAUUGCUGAGAAGAUAAAGGGGGACAAGAAAAUAUACAAAGCGAACGACGAUGACGAAGAGGACUCAGAGGACGAAGAAGAUGAAAUUCUUAAGAGAAAGAGCAAGGGAAAGAACGAUGUCAUGGGUAAAGGCAAGAACAAGAGACCGUUUUAA